CAAACAAGUGGCUUUAGUCCAUAGAUUUCUUUCUAAAAAUGCAGAGCCAUUUUAAUUAAAUUUGGACUUUACUUUGGUUCCUGGAAAACACUGAGUAAUUUCCUUUUGAUCAAGCAUUUGGAGAUUAUCACUCACAGUGCUAAAGCUGGGAACAUUGGGAAAGAGCAAGAUGGAGAUCACGGCUGUGCUCAUGCUUCCUCUGCUCCUUCUGGCAAUCAGUGGAAUCCUCUUCAUCUACCAAGAAGUUUCCAGACUGUGGUCAAAAUCAGCAGUCCAGAACAAAGUGGUUGUGAUUACUGAUGCCAUAUCGGGGCUAGGCAAGGAAUGUUCUAGGCUGUUCCAUGCUGGUGGUGCAAGGUUGGUAUUAUGUGGAAAGAACUGGGAAAAAUUAGAAAUCUUGUAUGAUGCACUUCUUAGUGUGGCAGAUCCAAGCAAGACAUUUACACCAAAGUUGGUCCUGUUGGAUCUCUCAGACAUCAGCUGUGUCCAGGAUGUUGCCAAAGAAAUCUUAGAUUGCUAUGGUUGUGUAGACAUUCUAAUUAACAAUGCAAGUAUGAAAGUGAAAGGCCCUGCACAGAAUAUCUCCCUGGAACUUGACAAAAAGAUCAUGGAUGUCAACUACUUUGGACCCAUCACAUUAACCAAAGCCUUACUUCCCAAUAUGAUCUCCCGAAGGACAGGCCAAAUAGUGUUGGUCAGUAACAUUCAAGGGAAAUUUGGAAUUCCACUUCGAACUGCAUAUGCUGCCUCGAAACAUGCUGUUCAAGGGUUUUUUGAUUGUCUCCGAGCAGAAGUAGAAGAAUUUGAAGUGGUUGUUAGCACUGUGAACCCAACUUUCAUCAGAUCCUACCACACAUAUACAGAGACAGGGAACUGGGAAGCUUCCAUCUGGAAAUUCUUUUUUAGAAAAUUCACCUAUGGAGUUCAUCCUGUGGAAGUAGCUGAAGAAGUAAUGAGGAUAAUAAGGCGGAAGAAGCAGGAGGUUUUCAUAGCCAACCCCAUCCCAAAGACUGCCAUAUACAUUCGUACUUUUUUCCCAGAGUUCUUUUUUGCUGUGGUGGCCUGUGGGGUCAAAGAGAAAUUAAAUGUCCCAGAGGACAGGUAACAUGAUGAUGACCAAAUGAGUCCUUUGCCAUGAUGAAAAUAAACUGUUUUCUUUGAGGGA